ACAGCUGAGGGCCAGGGGACGCGUUCGAUCCGUGGCCGCACCGCACUCCCCUUGUCUGGUGGGGCUGAGCUGCUCCUCUUCCUCCAAAGAUGCCCCGUUAUGAGUUGGCUUUGAUUCUGAAAGCCAUGCAGAGGCCAGAGACAGCUGCAACACUGAGACGCACAGUAGAAACUUUGCUAGAAAGAGGAGCAGUGGUGAGGAAUUUGGAAAACCUGGGAGAAAGAAUGCUGCCAUAUAAGAUUGUAACACAUGAUCAGCAUCACGUCAGAGGAGGGUAUUUUUUGGUAGACUUUGAUUCUUCUCCAAUAAUUAUUACAAAACUAUUGGACCAUUUAAAACGGGACAUUGAUAUAAUCAGAUCUAGUGUUUUAAGACAUCGUAUAGAGCCGACUGAAGAAUGUAUAGGCAUGAUUCCAGUCAAUUAUGUAGAAGAACUACAGAAGAAGAAAUAACCCAAAGUGAUAGUAAUAUUAUUAUCAUUAAUUCAAACUUAACCAUAAGCAUGCGUGAGAUGUGGUAUGAUGUUUCAACCUAGUUUAAUUUGACUACUAUAAAGCCCAUAUCCUCUACUCUUAUUUUUGUUAUUUUUGAAAAUCAGAAAGCUUUUUCUCCCUUGCUUCUCUUAUUUAAAUCUGCUGUGCCCCAAAAAGCUAAUCCUGAUAUUUUUUAGAACUUUUUUCCAAGUAAACAAUUUUAAGAGCAUUUGUAUCAUUUAGAUAUAGCAUUAAUAAAAACUGUAAAAUGUUAAAUGAAAUUGUUGAGAAUUACAAUAAAAUGUUUAAAAAUCAGUUUUAUAGACCAAUCUACAUAGUCUGUUCUCUGGCAUAUUGUUUCCUCCAUUCAGCACAGCUAAAAUCUAAUGAGUUUGAGUUAAUGGAAGUUAAAAAAAAACUAUAGCUUUUUAAAAUUCCAACAGUUUAAAAUGUAAUUUUUAUUUUCAAAACAAGGGAUGAUACUAUCUUGUUAUUUUAUUAUAUUCUUAAAUGUAAUCUCUAUGGACAUCUUAUUUUCUUGCUACAAUAAGUACAUAACAUUGAUAGUUGAAUCAGUUUCAUCAUUAUACCAGCUUUAAAUGCAUUCUCUGUAAAUGAAUUGAUUAAAUAAAGUUGUGACAACUGCCUCAUAUUA